GUUAUAAGUAUCUGUCAUUGUUACUGUCACGAUCACGCUUUUUGAAAUUCGAUAACAAUAUUAAUUUUUUAUAUAAAUAUCUUUGCAUGUAUAUUAAUAUUCAGUAAAUAUUGAAAUAUAAUAAAAAUGUCAUCGUCUUUAGAUUCUAUAAUAUUCCUCAUUCUUGUGGCGUUUUUGUGGGGUGUAACCAAUCCAUUUAUUAAAAAAGGAGCUAAAGGUUUAGAAAACGUGAAAUCAUCUUCUAAAUUUUGUCAAUUUUUUAAAGAACUUGCUUUUCUUAUUACAAAUUUAAAGUAUAUUAUACCAUUUAUCAUUAAUCAAUGUGGUUCUGUAUUAUAUUUUUUAACUUUGAAUAAAGUAGACAUAUCACUUGCCAUUCCAGUCACUAAUUCUCUUACUUUUGUAAUAACGGCAAUAACUGGUUGGAUUUUGGGUGAAGAAAAGAUACACAAAAAUACAUACAUGGGAAUGAUAUUGAUUUUGGUUGGAACAGUCCUUUGUUCUUGGGAUAAAAUAGACAAUACUAUACAGUUUUAACCUUUUUAGCAUUUCAUUUUAGAAUGUUUUAUUAGUUGCAAAUAGCAAUUAAAAUUUUAACGGAUUCAUUUGUUUUGUUGUCUUAAAUAAAAUAAUAUUUAUAUUACAAUAAUUAUAUAGAUAUAAUUAUGUUGAUGAGAAUAUAAUCAUAUAUUUUAUGAUUAUAUAGAUCAGAAAUAACGGGUUACAUGUUAUUAUAAAAUACAUGGAAUUUAUGACACUGAUUUGUUCUUAGUACUGAAAAUAUUUGGUAUUAUGCUUAUUUAUUUAUUUCAGAUUAAUAACUGUGUUACACAUGAAAUAUAAUUCAUUUUGGGACUUUAAUCCUUCGACAUUUAACAUUUUUAUUUCGUACACUUCUGAAGAAGUAAAUAAUUAUAUUAAUAGAUAAUAUAAAUUUAUAGAUGGAUCGAUACAUUGUCUAUAUAUUCAUGAUAUUUACAUAUGAACUAUAAUCAUCAAUAUAUACAUGACAAAUAAACAGCACCAAAGAGGAAGGAAUAUUGUAGAUAUAUUAUUGAAUUCACAUCGUUGUACGAAAUAAUAGCAUAUUACAGUAAAACAGAUUAAAUUCUGUAAGUUUUUUCAAAGUGUCUUGUUUUACUGUUAACAUCAUAUGUUCACAAUUAAUUUGAAAAAUUAUAAAAUGUGGUAAUUAAUAGCCGAAGAAAAAGAUUAAGUGAAAACAUAAUAAAGCAAAUAUAAAGAUCAUUGUUAGAAAUAAAGAUUAUUAUUACAAAUAUUUACAAUUAGUAUAUGUAAAUGAGAUUGAAUUGAUCUAUGCACAAUAAACAUUUAGAAAUUAUACAUAUAACUGCUAAGUAUCUCCUUGUACACUCAAAGAUGGUGAUUGUUAUGAUAAAAUUUAAGAAAUAUUUUUUUAUGCUGUCACUCUUAUCUUAAAAUAUAAUCAAUAUAUUAAGAAAAUACCUUGCAUGUUCAGAAAUUUUGAUUUCAGUUGAAAUAAUGUGUAUGGAUACUUAGAAAAACGGAAAUGGCACUCUGAUUCACGGUGAAAUGAAAUUAUUUUCUCCGUUUUUAUAGACCACAAAAGAAAAAAAGGUAGUAGUGUAGUGUUGGUUCUGAAUGCAUUCUCAUCUUAUGCAACAAAUUUAAUUUGUUAAAUUUGGCAGAGAGAAGGCUGUGUUGUGAAAGGAAUAUUAGGUUGUGAAGAUCUCAUUAAAAUAAAAGUUGAUGCUUUAGAUAA